AUGCCAAACACAACGAUCCCGACGAGCUCCAGAAACACACAGUCCAAUGGUUUUUGCUCCUGCAGCUGCGCCGGACCCCAGCCACAGGGCAUGGAUAUAUCUGAACUGGAGUUUGUUCAGAUGAUAAUUAUCCUGCUGGUGAUGACCUUCAUGAUGGUGGUGAUCAUCUGUCUGCUCAACCACUACCGCCUGUCAGCCCUGGCCUUCCUCAGCAGGCUCAGUCCUAACCAGAGAGACCAGGCCACACAACUGGAUGCCAGUGUGUGGUCAGACAGUGUGCUGACUCAGCAGAGGAACAGUGAGGUGAUGUGUAGCCGCCUGAACAGGAACUUGCCGUGUUUCAUGCAGCAGCAGCAACUGUGUCGCUUGCAGCCCACCUACCCCCACCUGCCACAGGAGAUCAUCAACCUUCCUCCCAUCAUCUGCCUGUCAGACGGGGAGGAGCUGCCGCCAUACAAGGGUCCCUGCGGUUUACAGCUCCGUCACCCGGAGCAGCAGCUGGAGCUGAUCCGAGCCGCCGUGCGCGCUCCUCCGAACCGGACCGUUUUUGAUAGUGACAUCAUAGACAUUUAUAUACACAGCAAGAGACUACAGGAACCUAAAAGUAACUCUGGAACUAAUGAUGCCAGUGCAAGAGUGGAGGCUCCCCCACCCUCCUACAGUGAGGUGAUGGGGGAUUACUCCACCUCUACAGACUGGUUAGGAUCUAACAGUUCACAGACAGUGUUCCACUCUGGCAGCAGUGGGCCUGAAAGCACAGCAAAGGCCUCCACUGAUUUAAAGAAGAGCUGGCAGAAGGAAACAGAGGGCAGCUGA